ACUCGCAUAGUUUAACGACUACCUGUGGUACAUCUUCAUCGAAGACGACUCAAUAAAAAGGAAACAUGAGGACGUUGAUGGUGAUUUUUACGGCAUCCAUGGCUGUUGCCUGCGCUGGUAACACGCUCGAUGGCAUCAAGGGUUCGAGAGUCAACGCUGACAAACCCGAAAAGUUGGGAAGCCCUGCUAACGCAGAAAAAAUAGUGGGUGGUGGAUAUGCCGAGCUUGGCCAAUUCCCCUACGUGGUAUCCAUCAGAAUAAACCACGUUCACCAAUGUGGAGGUGCCAUACUCAACAGCAACCACAUCAUCACCUCGUACAGCUGCAUAGUAAACGUUCAACACAUGAGUGAACUGAGUGUUGUGAGUGGCACCGCUUACCUGAAUUUGGGUGGAAAUACCCAUAGCGUGGAUGGUAUGUACUGGGUAAAUGGAACCAACGAUACUUCUCAAGAUAUCGCUAUAUUGAAGCUUGCUGACAACAUCAGUUUCAACACGUACGAAGAACCAAUCGCCAUUGCCACUAGCAGGCCACCAUCAGAUGUCUACGCUGUUGUUAGCGGAUGGGGCAGCAGUGCAAAUUAUGAUUUCACAUCUUCCAACAAGCAACGAUACCUUUAUGUUAAGAUCAUCGACUCUCUGCAGUGCAACAACGUGUUCGAUGGCGUAACCAACGAGAUCUGUACUUUGAACAGUGCCGAACAGGGAGUGUGCUACGGUGAUGAUGGCGAUCCCCUCGUCUACAAUAACAAACUCGUUGGCGUGUUGUCUCGUGGUCGUCUCUGCGCUGAAGGAUUCCCCGACGUCUUCACCAGUGUUGCCGACAAUCUUGGUUUCAUUAGACAAUACUACAACGUCUAACUUUGACCUGUUAUUUGAACAUUUCUUGAUCUUAUGCAUCCAAGCAUUACCAUCAUCCGUUCGAAUAUCAAUGUAACUUGUUGAAAUAAAACAUUAAAUAAACAGCAA